GCAUGGAACCAUCACCCCCCAGCACCCCAAACACCCCGAAACCUGCCCCUUCCUCCCCGCCACCCUCCUCUCUUUCCCCACCUACCCCUAAAUCUACCCCGGGCACUAGACCCACUGUGACCCUGCCUAAAUUGCCCCCGACCUCUCCGGUCUCACCUUCCAGCCCUUUUUGUCCUGGCCCCCCCCUCUCUCCCCCCGCUUCCUCCCUCUCCACCCCUCCUGCCUCCCCCCUGCGGCAGCCCAUCAGACCUGUCUCCCAGGCGGGACGAUCCCAGCUCAAUGCAGCCAGCAGGGCUACGGAUGAGAGGAGGGGGGCUGGUGCUGCUGGAGAUACCCCAGGCAGGCCCCCUACUACCCCUCUACAACAGGCUUCAAUAGCUGAGCCAGGUGAGUACAGUCAAAGACACACACACACACACAUUCACCACAGAGCUCUGGUCCCCUGGUAAGGGCUUUGUAACACAACCCAACACAAUCACUCCAACCCUAAUACUAAGUACAAUCAAGGACAUCCCCCUUCGCGCACAAAAGCUCACUCAACAAUAAAAAAACAUACCACAUCCCUAAUCUAACCUAUUUUAUUGACCUAUUUAUAUAUCGCUUACCCUUAUAUUUAAAAACAGAACAGAAACACGAAUGCCUGGCCAACCAUGCUUCUCUGCCAAGCCAACCAAUCAAAGCACUAUGCAGUGGAUAGAAAAGAGCAGGCACUCUGUGCUAUCCCAUCAAGACCAAGCUACUAUUACUAUCUAACCUAACCCCUUUGCUUUGUCUGUUUGCCUAUUAUGUUAAGGCUUUUGGGGUAGGGCACACAGCUCUUAACGGUGACUCUGUAUUUCACUUCCUGCCUCAUCCUCUCUGCCCCUACCCUUACCCUCCAAUCGGAACCUCUCCCUCUGUGGCACGUGACCUAUCUCCAUGACAACAGCAGACGUUGACCAGAGCAUGUAAAGUAGUCAGUCAGGGAUUGCUGUGUAAGGCAGAAAAACAGCCCUCUCUCCUACCCCUAUCCUCCUAUCCAUCUACUUCUCUCCAAGCUAUUCUAGUACGACUGGGAAAAGCCUUAAUGGAAAGCUAAUUCCUUUCUCAAUGCUCGGUAUGGCUGAUUCAGGUGUAUUGUAUCUAUGACACUGCACAUAAGGUACAGAAUUUACGAAGCAGUGUAGACCAAGUUUGAAAUGUUUGUCACGUGCAGAAGUACAGUGAAAUGCCUUUCUUGCAAGCUCUAAACCUAACAAUGCAGUAAUCAAUUUAGUACUAAAAAUAACGUAAGGUAGUACAAAAACACACAAUAAAUAAAAAUAAGAAGAAUACGAGAAAGUAAGAAGCUAUAUACAGGGUCAGAUCCAAUACCAUAUUUACGAUGUACAGGGAUACUGGAGGCAUCAGGAUGUAUGAUAAACAUAGUAGCAGCAGCGUAAAUGAAGAUUGUGUUUCUUGGAGCGUCAGUGUGUGUUAAUGUGUAGUGUCCUGUGAGUGUGCAUAGAGACAGUGCAACGGGUCAAUGCAGAUAGUCCGUGUAGCCAUUUUGUUAACUAUUUAGCAGUCUUAUGGCUUGGGGAUAGAAGCUGUUCAGGAGCCUGUUGGUGUCAGACUUUAUACACCGGUACUGCAUGCCGUGCGGAAGCAGAGAGAACAUUCUAUGGCUUGGGUGGCUGGACCCUUUAACGAUUUUCCAAGCCUUCCUGAUAUAGAUGUGCUAGAUUUUUUUAAAAACAUUUACGUCAUUUAGCAGACGCUCUUAUCCAGAGCGACUUACAUGAGCAAUUAGGGUUAAAUGCCUUGCUCAAGGGCACAUUGACAGAUUUUUCACCUAGAUGGCAGGGAGCUCGGCCCCAGUGAUGUAGUGAGCUGUCUGCACCACCCUCUGUAGCGCCGUGCGAUCCAGGGCGGUGCUGUUGCCAUACCAAGCAGUGAUGCAGCCAGUCAAGAUGCUCUCAAUGGUGCAGCUGUUGAACUUUUUGAGGAUUUGAGGGCCCAUGCCAAACUUGUUCAACCCCCUGAGGAGAUAGAAUUUUUCACACUAUUCUCUAUCUCAAAAAGAAAAGACACAGAUGUCUUUCCGAUAAACAUGUUAGAGUCGCGUCAGGGCCAGGGGGUGAGGAGUAGCUGUUGAGUGAGCUAAAUAAACGUAUUUUAGGGCUGAGGCGCAGGGCUGUGCUAUGUCCACCAUGCUGGCAGGAGUCACUGGCAUGCAAGGAAAGAAACUGGAUACAUAAAGCAUCAGCACAGCACAUACGGACGGUUCCCUCUGCUCUUUAGUGACACAACACAGAUUUAUCACCUCUGCCAGCCACUACAUCAAGAGCACUACCUCACUUACACAGUAUACUAAGGGCUCUACCAAUUACAAAUUACAGUAAGGGUUAUUACAUAGGUGUUACAGAUGUACAGAUAUACCACUUAUAGCUUUUGUAUACAGAUAGUGGUCCACAUGGGGGACAGGUGGGGGUCAGAAAGAAAGACCGUUGGUCUGCGUGCUGAAGUGGUCCCUCGGUUUGGGUCUGAGGGAAGUGGGGGGGGGCAGGGGGGGACAUGGACAGUUGUUGUGAGAUGUUACCACCUGUCUGCAGGGAGGAACAUCCUGUUCAUAAUGAAUAACACUACAGUUCAUUAGUAGUAUGCUUGUUCCCAAAUGCUAUGCGGCACAUGUUACUGUGUGUAUCAAUGCUGCCAGUCACCAUGUAAUAUCCCCUUUGGCAGUAACCUUCCUAAUGAAUGAAUACAUCAAUUAGAUGACUGUUGUCUCUGUGUAGAGGAGCCAGAGGAGGAGCUGAGUGUGGAGGAGCUGGAGGAGAGAGCCAAGUCUGGAGAUGCCAAAGCCCAGUCUAUGGUGAGUACUAACCCCCCCCCCCCCAGCCAUCUCCCAUGGUCCACCCUGGAUAGACCACCAUAGCACACUUGAAAAGUCCUACCAUAGAAUGAAAUACUAGAACUCAGAAUUUAAUAGGAUCUCUAAUAUGAACUACAAUGGGUCUUCAUGUGUCUGACAAAAUGAGCACAUAUUUCACAUGAUAUACUGUAUGUGUAUCUGUGUGUAGGUGGGCCGGUACUACUUGGCCCUGGCCGAGGAGAGAGAUGAGGAGCUGAACAACUGUACAGCAGUGAGCUGGCUGGUGCAGGCCACCAAACAGGGCCGCAAGGACGCCGUCAAGAUGCUACAGCGCUGCCUAGCAACCAGGAAAGGUGAGGGGGCGCAGCCUUACCCACUAAACAGGAAGUAUAUAUAUGGAGAGAUCCAGAGCAAUUCAAUCGAAUAUUUUUUGAAUUGGGACUGAAAAGGUACAGCAAUUAAAUGGAGUAUGCCGUUAAAUGAUAUGCACUUCUCAGGAGUCAACUGUCAUUGGGAUUGUGGAACCAGUUGAACUGAUUGGUUGUCUCAGUGCAUGGUGUUCAUUAUGAGGCAUUAUGGUUGUUUUUGUCACCAUUAAGGCAUCACGUCGGAGAACUUUGAGGAGGUAAAGAAGCUGUGUACGGAGACUAGGUUUGAGAGAGGAGUGAGGAGGGCUGCCCUGGUCAUGUACUGGAAGCUCAACCCAGAUAAGAAGAGAAGAAUGGCUGUGUCUGAGCUGCUGGAGAACGUGGAACAUGUCAACACAGAACCAGGUAGAGGGAACAGUCACACACGCACACACACACACAUACACUCAUACAUUACAUAUAUGGUCCCACAUAUACACAACAGUCACACCAUAAUGUAAUAUUAAAUGUUCAUGAACACCCAAGAGCUGAGAGGCCUAGUUGUUAUUUAGCUAGUUUCUAAACUGUGCGUUCCUCUGUAAUUCCUCCACCCCAAGGUGACGCUGCCUCCCAGGGCCCCAUAUCUAGUUCCAUGCAGAAACAGAGGAGAGUUCUGGAGAGUCUCGUCACCAGCAAAGGUCAGUGUAUGUUUAUGUAAUAUAGAAUCAAAUGGAAAGGCAAUGUAACAGUGAGUUAAGACUACCUCUCUCUGUCUGUGUCUUUGCAGUCAGUUGCUAUGACAUGGGUCUGGAUGACUUUGUGGAGAUCACUAAGACGUACGCUCAGGGCAUCCCACCUAGUCCCACUAUGGCUGGGGCCGGAGGUGACGAUGACGAUGAUGACGAAGUUGUGAAGAACCCAGACGACUUGCCCCUUCAUCAGAAGGUGUCAACCGUUUUUUUCUCUCUGGGAAUGCAUGUGUUCAUAACAUCUUCACACACAUUCACAAUUUUACAUUUGUUAUUAUCUUGCUCAUGGAUUUACCCUCUCUCUCUCUCUCUCUCUCUCUCUCUCUCUCUCUCUCUCUCUCUCUCUCUCUCUCUCUCUCUCUCUCUCUCUCUAUCGCUCUCAAAUUCAAAUUGCUUUAUUGGCAUGACAAACAUUGAGUAAAUAUUGCCAAACCAUCAAUGUAACAACUGCAUUUAGUCAUAUACACUCAGUGGCCAGUUUAUUAGGCCAUCUAGUACUGGGUCGGACCCCCCUUUGCCUCCAGAACAGCCUGAAUUCUUCAGGGCAUGGAUUAUACUAAGUGUUGGUAUCAAGGGACCUUACACCACCGCCACCAGCCUGUACCGUUGACACCAGGCAGGAUGGGUCCAUGGACUCAGACUGCUUAUGCCAAAUCCUGACCAGGCAAUGUUUUUCCACUCCUCAAUUGUCCAGUGUUGGUGAUCGUGUGCCAACUGGAGCCGAUUCUUCUUGUUUUUAGCUAAUAGGAGUGGAACCCGGUGUGGUCGUCUGCUGCAAUAGCCCAUCCGUGACAAGAACCAACGAGUUGUCCAUUCCGAGAUGCAGUUCUGCACACCACUGUUGUACUGUGCCGUUGUCUGCUGGUUUGUGGCCCGCCUGUUUUUUUGCACGAUUCUGCCAUUUUCUUUCGACCCCUCUCAUCAACGAGCUGUUUUCCCCACAGGACUGCCGCUGACUGGAUGUUUUUGUUUGUCCCACCAUUCUCUGUAAACUCUAGACACUGUCGUGCAUGAAAAUCCCAGGAGGACGGCCGUUUCUGAGAUACUAGAACCGGCCGCCUAGGACCGACGAUCAUACCACGCUCAAAGUCGCUUAGGUCACUAGUUUUGCCCAUUCAAACGUUCAAUCAAACAGUAACUGAAUGCCUCGAUGCCUGUCUGCCUGCUUUAUAUAGCAAGCCACGGCCACGUGACUCACUUGUCUGUAGGAGCGAACCAUUUUUGUGAACGGGGUGGUGUACAUUGAAAUAAUGCGUAAUCUCUCUCGCACCCUUUCUCUCCCCCUCCUCUCCUCCCCUAGGUGUUGAAGUUCCCCCUACACGCCCUGUUGGAGAUCAAGGAGCACCUGAUAGACUGGGCGUCCCGGGCGGGCAUGCAGUGGCUCAGCGCCCUCAUCCCCACUCACCACGUCAAUGCCCUCAUCUUCUUCUUCAUCAUCAGCAACCUCACCAUCGACUUCUUCAUCUUCCUCAUCCCCCUGCUCGUCUUCUACCUCUCCUUGUUCUCCAUGGUCAUCUGCACGCUGCGUGUCUUCCAGGUAGGAUACACACGGCUCUGGCCUUAUACCAGAGGAACUGAAAGAGGAAAAGCUAUGCCAUUAUCCUGUAAUAAACUAGCAAGAACACUCAUUUAGGGAGUACUUACCACCUAACCUUUGGUAUUUUCUUGGUAAAACGAAUUAAAAUGGUUAGUACUAUGUAACUAUAGUACUAUGUGCAAGUUAUUCCAUGACGGUUAGCUAUAGAAUAAUGUGUGUACAGUAUGUAAAGAGCUGUUGGUGUUGUUCUUCCAGAACUCCAAGGCGUGGGAGAACUUCCGGGCUCUGACAGACCUGCUGUCUCGCUUCGAACCGGGCCUGGACCUGGAGCAAGCUGAGACUAACUUUGGCUGGACCCACCUGGAGCCCUACCUCUACUUCCUGCUGUCGGUGGUCUUCGUGGUCUUCUCCUUCCCCGUGGCUGACAAGGCCUGGAUCCCCUGCUCCGAGCUGGCCACCGUGGCCCUGUUCUUCACCAUCACCUCCUUCCUCAGCCUCCAUGCCUCCGCUGAGCUCUUCGCCCGCCGCGCCCUGCUCACAGAGGUGUUAUCGGGGAUCUGUGCCCUUACACAACUAUUACCGGAUAGUCUCUGGUUCCUGCGGGUGUUAGGCACAACGUUUGUGACGGUGCCGCUAGGGGAGAUGGUGGCGCUGAACGUGGGCGUGCCGUGUCUUCUCUAUGGGCACCUGUUCUACCUGCUGUUCCGCAUGGCCCAGCUGAGGGGCUUCAGGGGCACCUACCUCUGCCUGGUACCCUACAUGGUCUGCUUCGUCUGGUGUGAGCUGUGCCUGGCCCUGCUCCACUCCUCCUCGACCAUAGGUCUGAUUCGGACCUGUGCGGGCUACCUCCUCUUCCUGUUCGCCCUGCCUGUCCUCACCUUGGGCUUGGCGGCCAUGUUGCUCAUCCAGGUCCUCCAGUGGUUCAUGGCUCUGGAGAUCACCAAGAUGCUGGUGACUCUGACCGUGUGUGCGGUCCCGGUGGUGUUGCGGUUGUGGACGCGGUUCAGCCUGAACCCGCUGGUGGUGGCGCGGUCCCUGUCGCGGAGCAGCGUGGUCAAGCUCAUCCUGGUGUGGUUGAGUGCUGUGGUGCUGUUCUGCUGGAUGUACGUCUACCGCUCCGAGGGCAUGAAGGUAAUCACAAUAACUAGUUCGCUACAUUAUGCUACAUUAUACCCAACGCACUAAUUAAAACAAAAUACAGGUACUAACAUAUUAACAUUAUAAAAAAAUUACCGAAUGACAGAACAAGAUCAAAUUGCAGUCAGCAGAGUACUAUUUACAGUAUUAAAAUGUAACUAAAUAAAUGAUUCACUAAAUGUAUGAAAAGUGUUCAAUGGAAUACAUGAACUGUAUAAUAAACAACAUCAAAAUCAAGUUUAACCAAGUGUCUUGAACAGGUGUAUAACUCCACCCUCACGUGGCCGGAGUACAGUAACCUGUGUGGGCCGAAGGCCUGGAAGGAAUACAACAUGGCCCAAACCCAGAUCCUGUGUUCUCACCUGGAGGGCCACCGGGUCACCUGGACAGGACGCUUCAAAUACGUUCGCAUCACCGACAUCGAGAACGGAGCCCAGUCUGUCAUCGGCCUACUUCCUGUGUUCGUAGGGAACUGGAUGAGAUGUCUCUACGGUGAGGCCUAUCCACUCUGUGAAAACACCACCGACCCCUCCACCCCCACUGCCCCUCCACAGCCCCUACCCAUACCCCAGCCCCCUCCAGAAGACCCCUUAUGCAAACUGAAAAGGCUGGCGAAGCACGAGUGCCACGUGAAGCGCUUCGACCGCUACAAGUUUGAGGUGACCUUGGGCAUGCCCCUGGAGAGGAAGAGUAAGAAUGGGACCAUCAUAGAGGACGAAGACGCCACCAAGGACAUCGUCCUGAGGGCCAGUAAUGAGUUUGGCCCCGUGCUGCUGCACCUGAGCGCUGGGAGCCUGGUAGAGUUCAGUACGGUUCUAGAAGGACGCCUGGGCUCCAAGUGGCCUGUGUUUGAACUGAAGGCCAUUCACUGUCUGACGUGUGCAGAUGCCCGCGUGCCCAGCGGCAGGCAGUAUAAGAUAGAACACGACUGGAGGCGCUCGGCCCAGGGGGCACUGCAGUUUGCGUUCGACUUCUUCUUUAACCCCUUACUCACCGCACGGCUGGAGCAGGACGCUGAGACACAGACCAUGCAGGGCGGAGGGUAGUGGUGGAUGAGUGUAUCUGAAGAGCAAUGGAGCAAUUAGGAGUGACUGAGUGUACACUGGGGAGUGAAUAAGUACUCUGGGAGAACUGAAUGUACACACAAAUCAAAUAAAGACUUCACUAAGGUUUGUCAGUCAGGCAUGCAUUAUGUCUACCUACAGUAAGGGCUCUAUUUAGUCCGCAUCGAGGAAGUUCAGCUUUACAGCGUGAU